GAGGAGAGAAGGGGAGGAAGGAGGAUCCCAGGGAAGAAGAAAGCCAGCGUGCUUCGGGGCUCGUCGAGGCUCUUGGCGGGGCUCCUUGGAGGAGGCUCUCCCGCGCCGGCCCCCCUUUCCAGAGAGCGGAGGAGGGAGAAGAAGAAGGGGGUCCCCAACAGAGCAAGGCUUGGGCAGCUGCAGCUCCAGCGCCGUGCGGAGCGAGCGAGACAAAAGCGGGCGAGUGGAGCCCGAAAGAGCCGCUCCAGACACGUUUACACACCGGCGCGCGAACACGCGCAACCCGCGGCGAGAUCCAUCUUGAAGGGGGUUCCGGCUCUCCCGCUUGCCGUGGUCGCCGAGCCCGGCUCGCCCCGCUCUCUUGCGGACUCUUUGGGGGAUGCCAAUUCGCCUCCUCCUCCGCCAAUGUUUCACUGGGGCAAGUGGAAGAAGAGGAUGGGAGCCAGCGCCUCUUCCUCGGCUUCCAGAAGACCCGUCUUCGACGAGAAGGAGGACGUGAACUUUGAUCACUUCCAGAUUCUUCGAGCAAUUGGAAAAGGAAGCUUUGGCAAGGUGUGCAUUGUACAAAAGAAAGACACAGAGAAGAUGUAUGCCAUGAAGUACAUGAAUAAGCAACAGUGCAUUGAAAGAGAUGAAGUUCGGAAUGUCUUCAGAGAGCUAGAGAUUCUGCAAGAAAUUGAGCAUGUCUUCCUGGUGAAUCUUUGGUACUCCUUCCAAGAUGAAGAAGACAUGUUCAUGGUGGUGGAUCUACUCUUGGGUGGUGACUUACGUUAUCAUCUUCAACAGAAUGUGCAGUUUACAGAAGAAACAGUUAAACUAUAUAUCUGUGAAAUGGCAUCAGCUUUGGACUAUUUGCGCAGUCAGCGUAUUAUACACAG